CCUCAGUGCAUUCCCAACACAACAACAACCCAAGAACCAGCCCACACAAGACACAUCGUCGCGCCCUCGCUCCGCUUGCUUGCUGCUGGGAUGUCGUAUGAUGAGGACCUGCACACCAACGCGGUGUUUGCCGCCCUCAAGGCAUCACAUGCACGCCAGUUUGUAGACCCCAAAACUCACGUGUUUGUGCCACGAACAGGGAGCUUUCACAUGGACAAGCUGUCAGGGAGAGAUUUGGCAGCCCACAUACUCCGAGACACGCCCACGCAGACAUCUGAAGCAAGCGCCACAACAGCAGAAGGAGCCGCGCGAACACAUACCAUGCUCUCAAAUGACCUCAUCUCAGUCCGCGUGGAGGGCAAGCAGCUUCACGUCCUGGACGCCAGUGGCAGAACGAAGCGCACUUGCACCAUCCUCUUCGAUGAAACCUUCUACACAGAUGACGACAAGGCGUUUGUUGUCAACUGCAUCGAUCAACCCCUCUCUGGAUCGAUUGCCACGGUCAAGGCAGCAGCACCACUCAAGUCAUACGACGAAUGCAUCAGCUUACUCGUCGAUGUGCCAGGCCGCAAGUUUGGCCCGCGGGCAGAGGCUCGGAUGAACGCUGUCUGCACCGCCAUCAAGCAAGCCUCCUCCGCCGCAGAGGCCACGGAGCGCGUGCACGCUGCGUUCUCGGAUCUCGUGCGCCUGGCACAGCGCGACUCCGCCCUCCGCAAGCGCUGGCGCCGCAGUCAGCAGGAUGCAGCCAACAUCAAACUUGCCCUCGAAACCAUCUUACUGGCCCGCGUGUAUGACCUGAUGCUGCCGUUCUUUGCAGAGGAGUGCGCACAACAGGAUAUUGUGCUGAACAAGGCCUGCCGCAAUUUGGCCACCGCCGAGCCGUCCCUGCUUGGACUGGCGCCCGAAUUCACACGCGCCGCAAACGAUGCCGUCAAGACGCUGCGUGGGGUUGCGGCUGCGCGGACGCCGCUGCAGAAGCUCCAGUCACUGCAGCACGCGGUGCAUGUGCUGGUCACCUCGGCCUCACCCUCCACCCCGCUCGCCGCCGACGACCUCGUUACAGCACUCUGCAUUGUCGUGAUUCGAUCGGAGGUUUCCCACUGGCACGCGUACCUCGCAUUCCUCGCAGAGAUGACGGGGCUGAGCAACACGCUCACGGAAGAGGAGUCCUACUACCUGACGAGUCUGGAGGCGGCGGUGUCGCACGUGUCGCAAAUCGACAUUGCCGACGACAAAUACUUCACGUGGAUCCCAGGCGAAGGGGACGCAGCGAUUGCGCCGCUGUUCCGGGCGGUGGUGGACGACGACCUCGACGCCGUCAAGCAGCACCUCGCAUCCGCAACACCAGCAGCAACAGCAACGGCAACAACAGCAAACGGAACAGCAGCAGCAACAGAAACAGCAGCAACAGAAACAGCAGCAAGCAUCAAGGAUGCAACACAGGGCCGUGACCAUGACGCAACGCCGCGUGACCAUGACGCAACAGCACGGCCAUCAUCAUCGUCGUCAUCAUCAUCGCCGUCGUCGUCGUCGUCUGUCAAACGGAGCGAGCGGCUUGGGUCGACCGGGUGCCACCCGCUGUGCACGUGCUACAGGUGCAAACCCGUCAGCGACGUCGCCCUAUUGCGCGACGCAGCAGACAGAACGCCGUUGCAUAUCGCUGCUCUCCUUGGACGUGUGGGCAUUCUGGAAUUCCUUCUCAAGCGAAGUGCAACGGCAGAGGUGUUUGACAACAAGAACGCAACCCCCCUCCACUUUGCGUGUGCGCGCAACAAGACAACGGCUGCUCUCCUCCUCCUGGAAACAGCGAGCGUCAACCUCACAGACCGCCAGGGCAACACUCCGCUCCACAUCUGCGCAGACAGAGGCCACGUCCAGACAGCAAAGGCGCUUGUGAUGAGCAGCAACCCGCGGUUGAAUGCGCGCAACAGCGUCGGGGACACACCGCUGCACAUGGCUGCACACUGGGGAUAUGAGGAGCUCGCUGCGCUGCUGCUGCAAUUCUCUGCGGAUGUAAACACGCUCGACCGCCAGGGCAGGGCUCCCAUCAACAUGGCCCACUCAAAGGGUGUUCGACGGCUGCUUGAUCGGCACCGCGGUGCAUCGACGCCGACCGUGGCCACGGGCCCACCCCUCGCCAGCCCUGCUGCAGCACCACGCACGCGCACGCGCACACGCCACCAGCACCAGCAGGGGCAGCAGGGACGAGUGAGGACUCGUGGUAGUGGCAGCGACAGCGGUGGCCGGGGAGUGCCCACAGCAACGACGACAACGACGACGACGACGACGACGGCGUCGAUAUCAACAGCGUCAACCAUAUCUGGUGGGAGCGCGCGUGUGUCCGUGCACCGCGAUGAGGAAGACGAGGAAGGGGCUGAUGCUGGCGCGCAGUCUGACACGUUUGAGGACGAUGCGAGCGACGUGAGGUGGAUGAGGAGCAGCAACACUGGCACCACCACCAGCAGCGGCGGCGGUGGCGGUACAGAUGGUGGCGGUGGUGGAUUGCUGUCUCGAGCGAGGCCUGGUCGAGGCUCCGGCUCACGGCGGCACAGCGGCAGCAGCGAACACGGCAGCACUGGCAGCGGUGGCAACGGUGGUGGAGGAGGUGGAGGUGGUGGUGUGUUUGUGAGUGGACAGCCACUUAGUCGCACCAACUCCAUGCACGCGUCCAUGGAGCACUUGUUAGCGGACGACAAAGAGCGGUGGCUGGAUCUUGUCUUUGAGGCGAUUGAGGAGGGCGAGGUUGAACUGGUCAAAUACCGCCUUCGUCUCGGCCCAGACGAGCACAACCCUUAUGCCCAGGACAAGUGCCACCCGCUCUGUCAGUGUGAGCGUUGUUCGCGCAUGAUCCGCGCACCGCCCGGCUCCCACAUCACCAUCAACAGCCAGAACACAGACGGCUUCACGCCGCUUCUGGUGGCUGCGCGCUACGGGCAGACGGCGGUGGUGCGAGCGCUGCUCGACUAUGGCGCCGCCGUGGACGCCCGCGUCAACAACGGCCUCAGUGCACUGCACUUUGCCUGCCAGUACGACCACCGCGAGAUUGCGGGCCUGCUGUUGCAUGCAGGCAUGAAUGCCAACGUGCACCGAGGCGAAGCAGGCGCAACACCGCUGCACCUCGCAGCGACAAACGGGCACACGGCGUGUGUGCGCAUCCUGCUUGAUGCCGGCGCGGACGUGAAUGCGCUUGAUGAGAAGGGCAACACCCCUCUGCACGCUGCGUGUCGCUGGGGCCACCGCAAUGCGGUUGAAAUGCUUCUUCGCGCAGGCGCCGACCCAGCCGUCAACAACACAGCUGGCAAAGCCCCAGCACAGGAAUCUCGAAGCGAGGCGUUGCAAGCGUUGCUGCAGAGAGCAGAGGACUUUCAAAACCCAGACGCAAUACAAAUCUCCGGGCUCCCACCACACCUCUCGGAUCUUGAAGGGACAUACGACAGGAAGGGCCAGUUGAUGGGCGAGAUGGUGACAGUGGUGGGGGACCCGGUGUCGUUCCCCGUAUUCAAACUUCGCCGCGCCGACCGCACAGCAACUGCCACGGACACCACCACGGACACCACCACGGACACCACCACCACCACCACGGACAGCAGCAGUAAAGAGGGUGCCGGUGAUGGGUUCGUGGUGCCAACUGGAGCCCUCGGUGGUGACAACAGCGCCAGGGCUGAUGGUAAUGGUGAUGGUGAUGGUGGUGGUGGUGGUGGUGGCGGCGGCGAAGACCACGCCGAUGCCGACACGACCAUCACGGAGGACGAACAAGCAGCAGAGGAGGAAACAGCGAGGAGCGAUGAAGCCAAGAAUGAUGAGCGUGCAGAAACCGCUGAUGCUGAUGGUGGUGAAGGAGCCACACAGGCACACGAGGACGGGGAUGAAGAAGGGGGAGAGGAUGAGGGAGAGGAUGGGGAUGACGUGUUUUUGUAUUAUCAUGCACCGACGCAGUCGUGGUGCCUUGGGCGACGGCUUGGGUCACCGACACCGCUGCUGUUCAACCGAGACCCUGUCCCUCACCCGAUUCGCCUCUCAUCAAAGGCAUGGACCCUCUGCAAACACGAGAGCAACGACGACGACGCUACUGCAAGUGACACAAGCAUGCCACCAACAACAAGCCCCGUCCAUGUCACACUUGAACCCGCCACACCUCCACAAACUGCCACUGCCAGCGACUGAUGUGAGUCGAUGUGUUGCGUUCUGGACAUGCGGUGCUUGAAGGUCUUCAAUGCAAUACACAUGAUUGCGUGUGCCUUUUCUUUCUUCGUUUCUGCGUUUGAUGAGACAUGACGCAAUUCAGUUGUUUGUGUGGUUUUUGCUGACAUUUGCAAGCAAGAGUGCAGCGGACGUUGUGGGAUUUGAGUGAGCAAUGCCUGUAUGCAUUGUUGCUUCUGGUCUCGUCAUUCAACC